CCCCCGUCAAGUCUCAAUUGUCUUUCUUUUCUUCCUCCUUUCGCUCUCCCCUUUUUUUCUGGAUUGACUCCCCCCAAUUUCAAUCCAUUCUCUUUUGUUUUUCCGGUCCUCAUCAUGGCCGCUGAGACCAAGUCCGCUCCUCCCACGGAGCCCAAGGUGAAACCUACCAAGCCGAACGAGGAGGCUUUCAAGGCCGAUCUCGCUCAGGCCGAGAAGGAGCAUGCCGCUGUGCAGGAGAAAUUGACCCAAGUCAAGGCCAAGAUCGAAGCCGCCAAGCCCAACAACCAGGACUCCCCCGCCGGAAAGAGACAGCAGGAACUCCGCGCUGAACUCUCCUCGAUCCGCCAGAAGCAGCAAGGAUUCAAGUCCUCCCGGUCCAGCACCCAGGAGAAGAUCAAUGCCCUCGACUCCACCCUGAAGGCCCGCAUUGCGGAGCAGAACAACUCCCGCGGCCGCAUGUCCUUCAAGAACGUCGACGAGAUUGACCGUGAGAUCGCCCGUCUGGAGAAGCAGGUUGACUCGGGAACGCUGCGCCUGGUGGACGAGCGCAAGGCGCUGUCGGACGUCUCGAACCUGCGCAAGCAGCGUAAGAACUUCGCCGGUCUGGAGGAGGCCCAGAAGGUGAUCGACGACCUCAAGGCCCAGAUCGCCAACCUGAAGAAGACCCUCGACAACCCCGAAGCCAAGGCCCUUAGCGACAAGUAUUCCGAAAUCCAGAAGGAGUUGGACGCCAUCAAGGCCGAGCAGGACGGUGCGUUCAAGAACCUGAACGCGCUGCGGGACGAGCGCACGAAGCUGCACGGCGAACAGCAGAAGAAGUGGGCGGCCAUCCGCGAAGUCAAGGACACCUACUACAAGAACCGCAAGGCGUACAAGGAGUACGAGGAUGAGGCGUGGCGCGUGCGUCGCGAGAAGCAGAAGGCUCAGCGCGAUGCGUUCGAGCGCGAGAAGAAGAAGAAGGUGGCCGACAAGAAGCUGGAGGAGGCCUCGCGCCUGGCCUACACCGACGAGAUCCUCACCGCGCAGGGACUGAUCCGUCACUUCAACCCCUCGUACGACUUCUCGACGCUGGGUCUGGAUGACAAGAAGGACCAGGGAUCCAACUUCCGCGCCGAGGUGGGUCGCAAGGUGGACGACUCGAACCUCAAGGGCAUGAAGGUGCUUAAGAAGGAGGACCGCGAGGAGGACUACUUUGUCGGUGGCGGCGGCAAGAAGGGCAAGAAGGGUAAGAAGGGCACGGGCUCUUCCACCUCUGCUGCCGCUGCCACGAACGCCGCCGUGCCGGCCGACAAGUUCAACAUGAACGUGGGUGUGAUCGAGGACUUUGCCAAGGUCAAGAUCGAUCCUCCCAUGAACCAAAGCGACGUUCCGGCCGCGAUCGAGAAGCUUGCCGCCAAGAUCACGGAAUGGAAGAGCACCCAGGCCGAGAAGACCCAGGAGGUAAGCUAGCGGCUGUUCCCCAUGCAAGAAUGCAUACUGACUGACCGGACCAGAACAUCAAGAAGGCUCAGGACGAGAUCGACCGUCUGGACGAGGAGUCGACCGCGGCCGAGGCCAACGGACGGGCGACCGACGCGGCCAAGAAGCCCGCGCAGGAGAACAGCGGCGUCAACGGCACCGUGUCGGCGACGGCCGAACUGAAGCAGGAGAAGGAUGCGGCGGCCGACGUGUCCGAGGAACUGCAGAAAGCCUCGCUCGAGGAGAAGGCAUAGAUAUAUAUCAACCUUACCUUUGCAUGAUGACAGCGAAUGUGACACUUUAGACCGACUAAAGUCCAGCAUUACAUUUUGGUUAUGCAUUUCUUUUUUUUCAUUUUCGUGGUCGCCGCUGACGGCGAUGCUUUCUUUCCCCUUUUCUUUCACCCAUUUUCUCUUUCUUUCUCUGUAACUUCAGUUCCCAUUAUUUUCUUUUAUUCUUGUGGUUAUUUGGCAACGGCAUGUCUCUCCGAGACAACUCUCAUCUGUGAUCUCAUCUUCGAUUUUGUUUCAUGUGUUCUACCAAAAGUGCCCACCGCUGUACGUAACGAACUGAUGAGCGGUUGAGCAAGCAAUCUGAUAUCUUUCGAUUCGAGAAUUACUAUCUUGUGAUGUUAUCUCCGUACCAAUCGAGUGGGGGGGUUUUUUUUAGUGAGGUCCACUUGCAGCGACAGAGGAAACAGUGACAGGUUCACGUCGGGUGGCGGUGCAGGGCGCUUGCCGUGGCGCUGACAGGCAGACAAUCAUCGUGAUUCCAUGGAAGGAUAUAAAAGCUCG